AUGUCUUAUGGUAAAAAUCAAUCAGUUAAUGCUGCACUUAAAAGAGCAAUUGCAUUAGUAAAUUUAAAUAUUUGCAAUAAUAUACACAAACAAUUUGAAUUUGUGCGACAAACACUUCUUGCUGAUGAUUCACUUACAGAGAAUGAAAAAUAUGAAGCAAUAAUAAUAUACACUAAUGUUUAUGAUUCUUGUAAAAUUAAGUAUAAUGAAGGAACAAAAAGAACUUGUGAUAAUUGUAAUCAAGAAUGUUUAGCUACAUUAUAUUGUAAACUUUGUGUUCGAAAUUAUUUAAAAGCAAAAUUUUCAAAUUGGACAUCUGGAAAUGAUAUUAUUGAUAAUUUAAUUCAAGAAUGCCAAAUGAAAGUACUUAUGCCAGAGAAAAUACCAGAAUGGAUUCCAUAUAAUAGUUUUAAAAAUAUUAAAUAUCUAACAAAAGGUGGAUUUUCAGAAAUUUAUACAGCAAGAUGGAUUGAAGGAUCAUAUGAAAAAUGGAAUUCUAAAGCACAAAAAUUAAGAAGAAUUGAAGAACAAAUAGUAGUACUUAAAAAAUUAGAAAAUGUUGAAAAUGCAAAUCAAAAUUGGUUUGAAGAGGCCAAAUCACAUUUAAAUUUAAGCAAUAAACAUAAUGAUAUUACCCAAUGUUAUGGUUUAACACAGGAUCCAUCAACUGGAAAUUAUAUGCUUGUAAUGAACAAAUAUGAUAUGGAUUUGAGAAAAUAUUUACAACAAAACCAUAAAAAACUUACAUGGAAAAAAAGAAUUCAAAUUGCUUUUGAUAUAAUUAUUGCACUAUCAAGUAUUCAUAACGAAAAUACAAUUCAUAGAGAUUUGCAUUCUGGAAAUAUAUUAUUUAAAAGGGGUAGAUUCGAUAUAAGUGACCUUGGAUUUUGUGGACCUGCAGAUAAACCAUUAGAAAGUAUAUAUGGAAAUCUUCCUUAUAUAGCACCUGAGGCUAUUAUUGGAAAAGAACAGACUUAUAAAUCUGAUAUUUAUAGUAUUGCAAUUCUUAUGUGGGAAAUUUCAUCUGGACAACCACCAUUUUUUGAUUAUGAACAUGAUUAUGAUCUAAUAUUGUUAAUGCAAUGUUGGGAUGCUGAUCCAUCAAAAAGACCUGAUAUUGAUACACUUUCAGAUAAAAUAGAUAAGCUUAAUCUAUUUUAUCAAAAUAAAUCAGAUGAACUAUUAACUCAACCAGAAGAAAAUAAUAGUUUCGAAAUAGAAAAUCAUACUAGCAGUAACAUAUUAUCUACAAGUAGACUUCAUCAUUUUGAAAAUCUUCCUGAACCAAGAAAUGCAACAGAAGGAGAAUUAGAGGCAUUUUAUAGUAAAUCAUUUGACUUUUGUAUUCCUGACAAUAUUGAUGAUAUUGGUAAAUCGAUUAAUAAAGAAAAUAGUACAUCAGAAAUAAGCACUAGAUUUAAAGAUGUUCAAAAUGAAGAUAAAAGAGAAACAAUACAACAACAAAUAAAUAAAUAUCAUGAUAAUGUUGAUGAUGAAGAUGAAGUGUAUAAUAAUCCAAAUUUCCAUUCAGAGGAACAAGAUACAUUUGAACUUCCUGAUACGGAUUAUGAAAAGAAUUUAUAA